UGUCAUUUUUAUGAACGUGUAAUGGUGCAGUAAUGACGAGAUUUCUAUCAAAUUUGAAAUACAUCAUUACUUAGACAUCAUUAAAAAUGACAAUAAUAAUGCUCGUGUAAGGGCCGCUAUUCUCGGCGAAAAACAUAACCGCACUAGUCAGGAUUAGUAGCGAGAAAAAAAAAUAUUAAGCCAAAAUUCUUCAUCUUUAGUCCACAGUCCUGUUUAACUUGGUAACGGACCAUACGACGCCAAAGAAAUCUCACAACGGUUAUGUGUUGGUGAAUGCGUGUUCAGCAACAUGUGAUAACAGCAUCGGCACGUCUAUAUUUACAGCCGAUAUUAUUUAAGCCAGCACAUUUUGCGAUCUUUAAGCUAAGCGUAACACAUCACUACUCGCGCAAACCGAUUCGACACAUUUGUCAUAUCAGCACUAUACAUCAUUAGUUUAUUAGAAGAAUUCGUAGUUCUCGUUACUACGUUGUUUUCAAACAGUGCCGUGAUAGUGUUCAGUUACUACUCUAAGAAGAAUAUACAAUGUCAAUUCGUAACAUAAGCAAUGCCUCCCGGCUACUGGUUCAAAAACUGUUGAAACCUGCUAAAGGAUAUAUUGGAAGAAACGGUAGAUUCUUAUCUCACUAUCCAAUAGAUGAAACUAUUUUCGGGCUAACUGAAGAACAGCGGCAGUUACGUCAGACGGUAUUCAAUUUUGCGCAACAAGAGCUGGCACCGUUUGCGCAGGAAAUCGAUAAACAGAAUGAAUUCAAAGACCUUCGUAACUUUUGGAAAAAGAUGGGUGACAUCGGCCUACUUGGACCCACUGUAAAACCCGAAUACGGUGGAUUAGGAGGAACCUACCUUGAUCACUGCAUCAUCAACGAGGAACUGUCGCGUGCAUCGGGAUCGAUAGCCCUUUCAUACGGAGCACAUUCGAAUCUGUGCGUUAACCAGAUUCACCGCAACGGAACUGAAGAACAGAAGCAAACCUAUCUACCGAAGCUGAUCAGUGGGGAGCAUAUCGGAGCACUUGCGAUGUCUGAACCGGGUUCUGGAAGCGAUGUUGUAUCGAUGAAGACGAAGGCCGAGAAAAAGGGCGACUACUAUCUGCUGAAUGGUAAUAAAUUCUGGAUUACGAACGGACCGGAUGCAGAUACCUACAUCAUUUACGCCAAAACUGAUCCGAGUGCAAAACCGCAGCACGGUAUUACGGCUUUCAUGACGAGAUUUCUAUCAAAUUUGAAAUACAUCAUUACUUAGACAUCAUUAAAAAUGACAAUAAUAAUGCUCGUGUAAGGGCCGCUAUUCUCGGCGAAAAACAUAACCGCACUAGUCAGGAUUAGUAGCGAGAAAAAAAAAUAUUAAGCCAAAAUUCUUCAUCUUUAGUCCACAGUCCUGUUUAACUUGGUAACGGACCAUACGACGCCAAAGAAAUCUCACAACGGUUAUGUGUUGGUGAAUGCGUGUUCAGCAACAUGUGAUAACAGCAUCGGCACGUCUAUAUUUACAGCCGAUAUUAUUUAAGCCAGCACAUUUUGCGAUCUUUAAGCUAAGCGUAACACAUCACUACUCGCGCAAACCGAUUCGACACAUUUGUCAUAUCAGCACUAUACAUCAUUAGUUUAUUAGAAGAAUUCGUAGUUCUCGUUACUACGUUGUUUUCAAACAGUGCCGUGAUAGUGUUCAGUUACUACUCUAAGAAGAAUAUACAAUGUCAAUUCGUAACAUAAGCAAUGCCUCCCGGCUACUGGUUCAAAAACUGUUGAAACCUGCUAAAGGAUAUAUUGGAAGAAACGGUAGAUUCUUAUCUCACUAUCCAAUAGAUGAAACUAUUUUCGGGCUAACUGAAGAACAGCGGCAGUUACGUCAGACGGUAUUCAAUUUUGCGCAACAAGAGCUGGCACCGUUUGCGCAGGAAAUCGAUAAACAGAAUGAAUUCAAAGACCUUCGUAACUUUUGGAAAAAGAUGGGUGACAUCGGCCUACUUGGACCCACUGUAAAACCCGAAUACGGUGGAUUAGGAGGAACCUACCUUGAUCACUGCAUCAUCAACGAGGAACUGUCGCGUGCAUCGGGAUCGAUAGCCCUUUCAUACGGAGCACAUUCGAAUCUGUGCGUUAACCAGAUUCACCGCAACGGAACUGAAGAACAGAAGCAAACCUAUCUACCGAAGCUGAUCAGUGGGGAGCAUAUCGGAGCACUUGCGAUGUCUGAACCGGGUUCUGGAAGCGAUGUUGUAUCGAUGAAGACGAAGGCCGAGAAAAAGGGCGACUACUAUCUGCUGAAUGGUAAUAAAUUCUGGAUUACGAACGGACCGGAUGCAGAUACCUACAUCAUUUACGCCAAAACUGAUCCGAGUGCAAAACCGCAGCACGGUAUUACGGCUUUCAUCGUUGAAAGGGACAGUGCUGGAUUCUCACGAGGAGUCAAACUGGACAAGCUGGGCAUUCGUGGCAGUGGAACGUGCGAACUGAUUUUUGAGGAUGUCAAAGUUCCAGUGAAAAAUGUGCUAGGUCAAGUAAAUAAAGGCGUAUAUGUGCUAAUGUCAGGAUUAGACUACGAACGUUUGGUACUGGCUGCAGGUCCAGUUGGCCUCAUGCAAGCGGCUUGUGAUGUGGCUUUUGAUUAUGCCCAUAAUCGUAAACAGUUCAAUCGAAGAAUCGGUGAAUUUCAGUUGAUCCAAGGAAAAAUGGCAGAUAUGUACACGACGAUGAAUGCAUGCAGAGCGUAUUUAUACUCCGUAGCCCGCUCGUGUGACAUGGGUAAAGCAAACCCGAAGGAUUGUGCCGGUGUCAUAUUGUACUGUGCAGAAAAGGCCACUCAAAUCGCUCUGGAUGCCAUUCAGAUUCUGGGUGGAAAUGGAUAUAUCAAUGACUAUCCGACGGGAAGAAUCAUGCGUGAUGCAAAACUGUACGAAAUCGGUGCCGGAACGUCGGAAAUUCGUCGUAUGAUUAUUGGUCGUGCCCUCAACAACGAAUAUAAGUAGAAAAAAACUUGAUAUAAACAGUAAAUCUGGAUUUUCGAAUGCAUUUAACAGGGAUUUUGUGAUAAUCAUCUACGCAACGUAGGUUAAGAACGCGGGUGCAUUUAAACAUGGUGCUUCCAUAAUUUACUACAUAAUAUGAAAGUUGCAUUUUAUAGAAUAGAUGGAAAUAAAUCUUUUAAGCAUUUAA